UGCAGCGGCGCCCGGCAGGGAGACUACCGGUAGAGGAGCCGGCUGCUUGGAGACCCGCGUCCGGAAUGCAUCCUUCACCGAGGGACCCUCGGGGGCCACUCAGCUGGUGACGAGGCCGUGUUUCCACCGGAGAGCGUUGUUCCACGAGGGAUCCAGGGCCAAAGCAGCAGCCAUGCUGGUGAAGGAGUACCGCAUUUGUAUGCCUCUCACCACGGAAGAGUACCGGGUCGGGCAGCUGUACACCAUCAGCAAGCACAGCCACCAAGAGAGCGACAAAGGCGAAGGUGUGGAAGUGGUGAAAAACGAGCCCCACGAAGACCCCGUCCACGGCUGCGGCCAGUUCACGGAGAAGCGAGUGCACCUGUCCAGCAAACUGCCCAGCUGGGCUCGCGCAGUGACGCCGCGGAUCUUCUACAUCACGGAGAAGGCCUGGAACUAUUACCCGUACACGAUCACAGAGUACACGUGCUCCUUUCUGCCAAAGUUUUCUAUCUACAUAGAGACCAAAUACGAAGAUAACUGCGGAGACAGCACAAACAUCUUCCAUGGGGAAAAAAUCUUGGGAGAUCACGAAGUCACAUUCCUGGACAUCGCCUUCGACGAAAUCCCCGAGCGCUACUACCGGAGCCUAGAGGAUCUCCGGUACUUCAGCUCAGCGAAGACUGGCCGUGGUCCGCUGCGGGAGGGCUGGCGGGAGCACACCAGGCCCAUCAUGUGCUCUUACAAGCUGGUGACGGUCAAGUUUGAGGUGUGGGGGCUGCAGACGCGGGUGGAGCAAUUUGUCCACAAGGUCAUCCGUGACAUUCUGCUGAUUGGACACCGGCAAGCCUUUGCCUGGGUGGACGAGUGGUGUGGGAUGACAAUGGACGAGGUGCGUCUGUAUGAGAAGGAAACGCAGGAGGCCACCAACGAGAUCAUCGGCCUGGUGACGCCCACCAUCUCCAUCAAUGAAGUGUGCCUCCCACCGGGCACCCAGAGCGCCCCCUCCAGCGCCCCGUCCACCCCUCUCAGCGGCGAAGCGCCGGACUUCCUCAGCGUGCCCAAGGACAGGCCGCGGAAGAAAUCCGCUCCGGAAAUGCUCUCUUUGCCGGUACUGAGGGAGCGCGCCAAUGCGGAGUGAGGGCCUCCUCCUCAGGCUCACGCCCAAGCCGUCGCUCCUUCCCUCGUAAUGAGGACAUGCGCCCGCACACGGAGCCGCUCAUUUCCAAGGAAGGGGGACAUCCCCGUGCUUUUAUCGGAUUGUGAUUUUAUGUCUUCAGCACCCUUUUUGACCCACGCGUUGUCCUGAAUCGGGCAAUGCGCUUUUACUGGACUGAGGAGAAGCCCGCAGCUGAAACACCACUUUCCUUCCCCCAGAUUUUUACGAGCAUCUUUGAAAAGUCAACCUUUCUCGCCCGUCCCUUAUCCCUCCUGACAUCUCUCCAAGACUUCUACAUUUCUCCUUGAAGUCUCCUCUGGGAACAUUUGUGGCUGUAGCUCUAGG